AUGUCCGGGCAGCUCUCUGCAGUGGCCAUGCUCUUCCUGUCCCUAGCUGUAAUUUUACAUGGCCAUCAAGUAAGAGAAAAAGAAUUUACAAAAACCAGAGACUAUCUUCAAUAUACCUCAACAGCAACAGGACAGACCACAACAAAACCUCUUCUACAGCUGACUAACCAAACACAUGAUGUAACUUUAGCAGUGAGAUCAAGGGAUGAUCACAUUCAAAUGGCUACUGAAACCUCCACCUCUGAAAACACAGAUCACACAGCAAUCAAAACAAUAAUCCCAGGAACUACAAAAAGCCUUCUCCCCAGCAGACCAGUUAGCUACACCUUUGUCACACCUAAUAACUCACACAUGACUGCUUCAUCUACUGAAGGUACCGUUGGCCUUGGUUCAGUGGCACAUUUACCAAUUCACACAACUGGAGUGAGUCCAUCCACUGUCAACCAGGUAACUGGGAGAACUCCCCAACCUGGUGGUCAGACUACCCUCUUCAAAACAUUUUUCACAGCAUCACACAAAAGCACAACCAAUCAGAAGCCAACACCACCCACCUAUGUCCCAGGAACAUCAGUACCUACACACAAGGACAGCUCGACAACUUCCCCUGCCCCCAUGGUUCCUGGGCCCACUCUUGCAACCCGGUCAUCACCAGCCAAGACUGGAACUUAUGAAGUCCUAAAUGGAAGCAGUCUCUGUAUAAAAGCAGAGAUGGGGAUAGAGCUGAUCGUUCAAGAAAAGGAUUCGGAUUUUGCAACUCAGAGACACUUCAACAUUGACCCCAGCCUAACCCACGCAUCUGGGAAAUGUGGCUUCCAAAAAUCCCACCUCUUCUUGGAUUUCCAGGGUGGAUCAGUAAACAUCACAUUUAUCAAGAUCACAGCUCUGGUAACAGGGCUUUCUUUAGGUCAGACAGAUUCUUUCCAGCUGGCGGAGCUCUGCACAACUGUAGCCCUAAGGACAUUCACCGAGAAGAGAGGGACUGAAGGGUACUUGCCAGAUGGGUCUGAUGAACCAGAUUCUCAGUGUGGACCUUAA